UCCGUUAGUACUUUUAUGCAAAGUUUAGUGCGUAACGUUGAUGUAUUGACGCAAGGACUAAAAUACAGUAUAUCUGGACUCAUGAACCUCGCAAAUCAAACUGCUGAAUCUCAGAGUGGUGCUUUCUUUGUUAAUUUUAAUCAGGACUGCACAUCAUUAUCGGUUGGAUCUAAAGCUGGCUACAGGAUAUUUUCAGUCAACUCAGUUGAUUAUUUAGAAAAUAUAUACGAAAAUGACACGGAUGACAUAUGUAUUGUCGAAAGAUUAUUCAGCAGCAGUCUUAUUGCCGUGGUCACAUACUCUUCUCCAAGAAAACUUAAAGUCUGCCAUUUUAAAAAGGGAACAGAAAUAUGUAACUACAGUUAUUCAAACACAAUUUUGGCCGUAAAACUUAACAGAGCAAGAUUGGUGGUUUGCUUGGAGGAAUCAUUGUAUAUUCAUAAUAUACGUGAUAUGAAAGUAUUGCACACGAUUCGUGACACUCCGCCUAAUGUUGCAGGCCUUUGUAUUCUCUCGAUAAACAGUGACAAUUGUUACUUGGCCUACCCCGGUUCGAAUACAAUCGGCGAGGUUCAAAUAUUCGACGCCAUUAAUCUUCAAGCCAAAACUAUGAUUCCAGCUCAUGACAGUCCAUUAGCAGCACUUGCUUUUAGCCCUAGUGGUACUAAAGUAGCUACGGCAUCUGAAAAAGGCACUGUGAUUCGAGUAUUUCAGGUUCACGAUGGUGCAAAACUUUUUGAAUUUCGUCGUGGUGUAAAAAGAUGUGUGUCAAUAAGUAGCUUGGCAUUUAGUAUGGAUUCAAUGUUUUUAUGUUGUUCCAGUAAUACUGAAACUGUACACAUAUUUAAACUAGAAGAAUCAAAAGAACCGUCAGUAAUUUUUUUAUUUUCUAUUUUAACAAUAGUUAUUGUCAUUAUGAAUCCGAAACAAGCUCCCGAUGAAGCACAAGGAUGGAUGGGGUAUUUAACAAAAGCUGUUUGUGCAUCAGCUAAUUAUUUACCAUCGCAAGUAACUGAUGUAUUUAAUCAAGGCCGUGCUUUUGCGAGUGUUCAUCUUCCUUUUCAAGGAUUGAAAAAUGUCUGUGCCAUUACUACGAUAGAAAAGGUAUUAAGGUUGUUAGUAGCUAAUGCAGACGGAUAUCUUUAUAUUUAUGAUCUUGACCCUGAUGAAGGUGGUGAUUGUACGCUAUUGAAACAGCACAGAUUAGAUGGAAAACAAGAUGAAGUGGAUUGUGCCAGUGUAUCAAAUAUUGGUCCGAGUACUGGUGAAGGAACAGCGUCUGUAACUCCUUCAGCACCAAUAGUACAAAAUCCAGCCUGCAUAAAUAGCUACGCGGGUGCGUUGCGCGGCCGCUCGCCAGACUCCAUGUCAGGUACUGAGUCAGAAAAAUAUCAUGAGAUGAUAGCAGCAACGGAGAGUCCACCAAAAGGUGGAACAUUUCGACUGGACGAUGACACAGAAUUUCCACCAGUAACACAAAGAACAGAUUGA